AGGAAGCCCACUAACAACACAACAGACGGCCCCAACAUCACUGAGAAGGAGCGCAUCCGAGGGUGCAUGAAAAUGGUGAUUGGGCAGCUAGAAGGCAUUCUGCAAGAACUCAAGGAGGUGGCCAAGGAACUUCGAGACGUGGUCAGCCAGAUUGACAAGCUGACCUCAGACUUCGAGUUUGAGCUGGAGCCCGACGAUUGGACGACCACCACGGUGAGCAGCACCUCCAGCAGCGAGAAAGGUGGAGGCAUAUUUGACCUUGGGCACCUGGAUUUCAUGACCUCAGACAUCCUUUCUGACAGCUGGGAAUUCUGCUCUUUCCUCGAGGCUUCCACUCCUUCAGAUUCGGGCGAUGGUUCGGAGCAGCAGCAGCCACAACCGCAACAGCCACCAGGGCAUCAGCCCGAUUACCAGCUGAUGAAUGGCGGGGUGUUGCUCUACAACGGACCCCGGAUUGAAACCCCAGACUCUUCCAGUGAGGAAGCGUUCAGCUCCAUACCAAGUCACAAACCUCACCAUCAGAGGACGCCGGGCACCAGGGAGCGGGUGCGUUUUAGUGACAAAGUCCUCUACCAUGCUUUGUGCUGCGAUGACGAUGAGGAGGUGGACAGCGGGCCCCUUCCGGAUGAUCCUCCGGAAGAACCCAACGAGACAACUCCGAAGGGGACGUUAGUGGCCAAGACGGCGAUGCGACGGUCCCCUCAUCUCAGUAGCGGCCAACUGCGGAAGCUGACACGGAACAGCAGUACCCAGACAGUGUCAGACAAAAGUACUCAGACGAUUCUCCCUUAUAUUUCGAACAAGCAGAAAAUCAACCAGAAGAACUGA